AUGACUUCCUCAAUUCGCAAACCAGGCCUUACCGAAAUCAGCCCGGAAUGGACUGAGUUCGCAAAGUAUGUCCAAGUACCUGCACUAAUAGGUGACCCCGUGGAGCUUCGUCAGAUGAAGUUUCCGAGAGAUGAAAGCCCUCCUGUCGGAUUCUCCAUCAAACAGAUUCCUGUGCCGGGUUAUCAAGGAUGGAUGAACCAGGCUCGAAUCUACACACCAAACGUUCAGCACACAGCCCGAGCCGUCGUUAUCUAUGUACAUGGCGGGGGUUGGACUGUUGGCGACCUAGACACUGAAGACGCUGUCUGUCGUACCAUGUGCAAGUCCAGUGGAGUAGUCGUUGUAAGUUUGGAUUAUCGAAAGGCACCUGAAAAUCCCUUUCCGAUCGGCCUCGAAGAUGUCUGGGCUGGAGUGCUUUGGAUGAAGAAAAGUACUAAGGGCAAGGUUUUUGACAACGUUGGAUCCUUAGGAGGUAAUCCAGCAAAAGUUAUUCUUGGUGGCCUCAGCGCUGGAGGGAACAUUACAGCUGUCCUUGCUCAACGUGCCCGACACACAAAACAAGUCUCGUUCUGCGGCCAGAUCUUGAGGAUCCCUUUGGUCGUGCAUCCCAAAGCACAUCCUGCGGAGCUCGACUUCUCCAGCUAUGAGGAGAAUGCAGACGCCCCAAUUCUUCCAUCUGCAUCUGUCACACAGUUCCUUGGGUACUACAACGCACCACCCGAAGACACCCGAGUCUCUCCUCUUUUGGCAACAGAUCUGUCUGGGCUGCCUCGCACGUAUAUACAAAUCGCUGGAGCUGACCCCCUGCGGGAUGAUGGAUUUGCCUACGCUGAGAAAUUGCAGCAAGCUGGUGUUCCUGUUAGAGUCAAUGUUUAUCCUGGCUUGCCCCAUGGUUUUAUGAUGUUGCCGCUGGCUACUUCACACCGAAGUGAUGAGAACUUGAUCAAGGCCAUUGAAUGGAUGGUUGAGGAGGAGUAA